GGGAGGCUCCUCUUCCUCUCUGCCCCAACCCACCACACUCCAGCCCGGCGCCUCGGCUAGGGGAAGAUCCAUGGUGGCAUCCCCAUGUCAUUCUGCUCGAAGUGACUUCAUGUGAUGUCAGCUUUAAAUGUACGAGACCGUGAUCUGACGCUCAGGAAGAUGUUUGCUAUCAAAAUGUGACUGUAGCCACACUGCGCUGCUUGGAUGAGUCUCGCCGGCUCUGGGCAAAGAGCCGAGAGCGGGAGCAAGUCGCUGCUCACACCAAGUUCCCGCACGGAGGAGCGACAUGGCGAGCUCGGGGUCGCUGGAGACGGUCAUGCCUUCCUCCUGCCCCCGCCACGAUGGCAGGGCCGCCGCCGCUAACCCCUCCAAGACCCUGGCCUUCUCCAUCGAGAGGAUCAUGGCCAAGACAUCGGAGCCCAAACCAGCCUUCGAGCAGAGGCACGGCGGGCCGGGGCCGGAGUCCGGGCAGGAGCCGGAGCCAGGCAAGAAACCUCUGAGCCUGUGCUCACCCCUGCCCUGCGUGAUCCCUAUCCCGCCGCUGGGCUACGAGGUGCCCUCCAAGACUCUCCUCAACUACUCGGAGCUGUGGAAGAGCAGCCUGCGGGGCGGUGCGGGGCUCUGCAAAGCCAACUGCGGCGUCUGCUGUAAGGCAGAGCUCGCCCUGGGUCAGCCCAGCGGCCGCCUCAUCAAGCCACAGGUCAUCCACCAAGCCGGGGCCGUACCGGCAGCCCCUCGCUCCCUCUACUACUUCAACUACCUGGACGCCGCUUACCACCCGGCUGACAUCCUGCACGGACAGCUCUUCCCUGCCGGCCUGCUGGGUGCCCCGCCACCGGGGGGGCUGUCGGCCCAUCAGAAGCUUUUCCUGCUGGAAAACGCCAAGCUGGCGGGGCUGGCGGCCGAAAAGCUGCCGCCGCCGCCGCCCUUCGCCCAUAAAGAGCGGCUGCCGGGACACCUGGAUCAGGUGAUGAAGGAGGCGGCGGUGGCGGAGCGCGGCGGCCCCCCUAAGGGCCACGCCAAGCUGGGGGGCGGCGGCGGCGGGGCGGCGGAGGGCAAGCCCAAAAACUUCACCUGCGAAGUCUGCGGCAAGGUAUUCAACGCGCACUACAACCUCACCCGCCACAUGCCGGUGCACACGGGGGCCAGGCCGUUCGUGUGCAAGGUCUGCGGGAAGGGCUUCCGCCAGGCCAGCACCCUAUGCCGGCACAAAAUCAUCCACACCCAGGAGAAACCCCACAAGUGCAACCAGUGCGGGAAGGCGUUCAACAGGAGCUCCACGCUCAACACCCACAUCCGCAUCCACGCCGGCUACAAGCCCUUCGUCUGCGAGUUCUGCGGCAAGGGCUUCCACCAGAAAGGCAACUACAAGAACCACAAGCUGACCCACAGUGGAGAGAAGCAGUACAAAUGCACCAUUUGCAACAAAGCCUUCCACCAGAUCUAUAACUUGACUUUCCACAUGCACACCCACAACGACAAGAAGCCCUUUACGUGCGUCACUUGCGGGAAAGGAUUUUGCAGAAACUUUGAUUUAAAGAAGCACGUCCGAAAGUUGCACGACAGCGUCUCCAGCGCUGCUCCGCCACCGCCGCCGCCGCGGGACCCUGGGCGCAGCGGGCAGAGCUAAGGGUCUGCCGCACCGCCCCACUCGGACCUGCUCCACCAGGCCAGCACUAUUUAUCCAAACCAGCCUUCGUUUCUCUGUCUUUUCCCUUGCGAGCUCAACCGCCGGUAGCAAGCGAUCCCGAGCCGCAGUUGUAUAUAAGAGGAAUCUUAUUUAACGGCGAGUUCGCCGCCGGAGCGGGCCAGGAGGGGCCGGGCGGGCCGCCCCCCGCCAGGACAGCGCUCUUUACACGUGUCUGUAAAUCUUCAUUUUAAAUGUACACUCGAAUAAGUGAGGAAUAUAUCUAUAUAUAUCUAUAUAUAUCUAUCAUGGGACAAUAAACCAGCCCUUCGCAGGUGUCUCAUUUCCCCGCUCGGCCCUAGUCCGAGCGGGGACCGAGCUGAACGGCGUUAAUCCCCCGUGUAAACGUGGUUUGCAGGAGCUCCGGGAGCAGGGGCCGGCGGCAGGGAACCGGGCCCUGCCGCUCUGGAGCCUGCCGUGGGCUCCGGCGGAAACAGCGAGAGCGGGAGGGAACCGGGCGGCUUCAGAGGGCUACUGCGCUUCGGGAGAGGGGCAGUGGCGGUGCGGGACCCCGGCCGGCAGCGCAAAGGGCGGCUCGGAGUUUCCCAGCGUCGCUCUCCAGGGUCGGUUCAUUACGGCGUGGUUAAGUCGCUCCUGAAUGACUAUCUUUUCCUGCAUGCAGAUGAAAUGAUCUCACGCUUGCUUUGCGAGUAAUGACCCAAAUUAAGAGAGAAAACACAGACCCUUCAAACCGCAUUACAUUAAUUUAAUCACUCCCAGCAGGCCUCAGAAACUCUUUUUGAUCAGAAUAUGGAUAAUCAAGCAGUUGGAUUACACUAAAUAUUCCCUUCUCCUCACCUCCCCUCCCUCACUUUUAAUAUGCAAGUGUCUAUUCCGGCCACGUCGUUAGGAACAAUAUUAUUCUAUCGGAGAGAGGAGAUGGAGCUGGCCGUGCGUGUGCGUGCUGCUCGGGCCGGGCUUGCCAAUGAAGAGGGGAACGAGAGAGGCACCUAAAUGCCUGGGGACGGCGUAACGGGCAAUUCACCUUUCUCCGCUUAAUUGAGUGGUUAAAUGGUGGGAGGCGAGGACGAGCACAGCUCGCCGCCGAGUGCAGGACCGGGAGCCGACCUCUCGCUCCGGCUUUCUGGAUUCAUUAUCGAGCUGCGAUGCUCUGCGUC